AUGUUAGAAGAAAAUUCAUCAAAUUUAAUAUCAAAUGAAAUCAAAGCAAGAAAAAAUUCAAAUAAAAAAUCUCGUAGUAGUCUUUAUCCUGAACCGAAACCAGUAUGUUAUAUUGGAUCAGGAAAUAAUUCUCAUUUAAUUGAAAAUAUUUUAAAAUCAAUUGGUUAUGAAAAUAAUGAAAAUAAAAUUGAUGAUUUUAAAUUUAAAUGGGUUCAAUCAAGUUCAAAUGUCAAUUGGAAUAUCUUUAAAGAUGGUGAACAAAUGAUUAAUCAUAUUCAAGGUGAAGAUUAUUUUACAAAUAAAUUACAAUUAUAUCAAUCAUUACAAACAUAUGAAACAAAUUAUCUUUCACUAACUAAACGUCCACAAUCAUAUUUAACAUUAAAUCAAUUUAUUCCUCAAACAUUUAAAUUAGAUGAAAUUCAUGAUAGACAUCUUCUUUUUAAUUUACAUAAACCUGGAGAUAUUUGGAUUUGUAAACCAAGUGGACUUAAUCAAGGAAAAGGUAUUUAUAUAGUUAAAGAUAUCAAUCAAUUAAAAGAAAAAUUUAAUCAAGAAGAUUUAUUUGAAAAACCAAAAACAUUUUCAAUAAAACAAAUCAAAACAAUUGUUCAACGUUAUAUAAUGAAUCCAUUAUUAGUUCAUGGAAAAAAAUUUGAUAUUCGAUGUUAUAUGCUUAUAUCAAGUGUUAAACCACUUAUUGUUCUUUAUCAUCAUGGUUAUAUUAGAUUAUCAAUGUUUGAUUUUGAUAAUGAUGAUGAAAAUCUUCUUACACAUCUUACUAAUCAAUUUGUACAAAAAAAAGAUCCAAAAUAUAAUGAUAUGAAAGAAGAAACAGCAUGGACUAUGGAACAAUUAAAUGAUUAUGUUAAUGAAUAUAUUUUACCGCGAACAAAUAUUCAAAUCGAUUGGAUUAAAAAUAUUUUACCUAAACUCAUUUGUCGUAUAAUGUUAAAUGUAAUUGAAAGUAUUCGAAUGAGAUUAAAAGAACGUAUUGGUUGUUUUGGUUUAUAUGGAUGUGAUUUUAUGAUUGAUGAAAAUAUGAAAGUUUGGUUAAUUGAAAUCAAUGUUAAUCCAUCAUUAUCAACAAAUACAAAUACACUUCUGCAAGUUAUUCCAGCUGUUGUUCAAGAAGCGAUUUUAAUCUCAAUUGAAUGUUUUGAAAAAAUUCAUCAUAAUCACGAAAUCUUUCCAUUAAAAAGUUUAAAUGGAUUUUUUUGUAUUUAUAAUGAUUUAGAAAGAAAAUCUUCUUUUCCAUCUAUUAAACAAAAAUCUCAUCAUUAUACCAAUUUUGAUCAAACUCAAGAAGAGAAAAUUUUAAUCAAUGAAAAAAAAGUGUCAAUAUUAAAAUGUGAUAAUUUUCAAAGAUCAAGAACAAAUAAUGAUUUAUUAAAAACAUCAAAAUAUUUUAAUGAAAAAUUAAUUCAUCUCAAUUUGAAAAAAUUAAAUCAUCAAACUAAAAGACGUUCAAAAUCUGUUGGAGUAACAACAAAAUCUUCUUCAAAAACGAAAUCUAUUCAAAUCAAAACAAAUGAAUUUAAUUAA